AGCAGUGUAGUAGUCUCGCUCUCGCUCUCUCCUCCUCCUCCUCUCUCUCUCUCUCUCUCUCUCUCUCUCUCACUCUCUCUCUCUUUCCCCCUCUCUCUAUCUCUUAACAAAUCGCAUCAAAGAAACAGCAGAGCUGUGUGGGAAGAAAGUUGAGGGAGGCAGGAGAAGCGCGAACCGCCGACACAUUCUGCUCAGCACCACGGACAGCGAAGGAUUGGGAGCUCGGACACGGGCUAUCCAUCGAUUAUUGGUGAUUUACUGGACAACCCUAGGACUGAAUUGACAAUGAGGAGUUUGGUUUGGGGGUGAUCUACUCAUUUUAAUUUCACCACACAGGGACUUUUUUCUCUGCUCGCGAAAGUAAGCAUGUUCUUGUCUCUUGCCCUCUGAAUACAUCAUUAAUGUAUGUUAAAUAAAAAAUGUAGCUUUUGCAGAUGGAGUACAAGUCAAUAAGCAUAGAGUUGGGAUAUUAAUACUUAUUACUACCUACAUAUAGUUAAGUAAAGUGUCGCCUAUAUUCUUACCACAGACAUUAAUACAGAGAUUGUAUUUAAGUAGAUCGGCCGUGCGUAAAAGCCGUGGCACUGUUCCCAGCGAUAGCCUCGCUUGCCACGCGGCGCAGCGGGUGACCUGUAGCUCCGUAGAGUCAGAUUGAACGAGGCGUCAAUAAUCAGUGUGAUUAAAAACACCAGAGAGAUGACUGCAUCGGGGGAUCCUAGUGCGUAAUUACGGACUCCUUUGUGUUUGCAGCUGUGGCCAGAGCGCACACUUACAUGCUAUGAGUCACCUUUUCUUCGUUUUAAUGUGAUACCAUGUGUGGUGGCUGCUGUUCCAAAGUAAGCAUGGAAACCAACCUGGCAGAAAACCAGUAAAAAAACAAAACAAAACAGGAGGGAACAAAUUUACAACUGGACUUUCUCUCUGAAACACAAUGGACCCCUUAGACCAGACACAUUGGCUUCCCCUUUCAUGGGACCCCAACUCCUCCUAUGCACCCACUCUCUCACCCUUCCUCUUUUCUUACCCGCGCCUCUUCAACAUCUCCUCCAACCUGUCCACUCAAAGUGCCCCCUUUCAGGGCAGCAGCACUCUGGUGACGGCAAUCAUCUCUCUCACGGUCUUCAUGGUGGGUCUAACUGGCAACACAUUGGCCAUCUACGUGGUUCUGCGUCAUGCCAAAACGAAGACAGUGACCAACAUCUACAUCCUGAACUUGGCUGUGGCCGAUGAGCUCUACAUCAUCGGACUCCCCUUCCUCACCACACAGAACGUGCUCUCCUAUUGGCCGUUUGGCUCUUUCCUGUGCCGUGUGGUCAUGACAGCAGACUCUAUGAAUCAGUUCACGUCUAUUUUCUGCCUCACUGUCAUGUCCAUCGAUCGUUACCUGGCUGUGGUUCAUCCAAUCCGCAGCACCAAGUGGAGACACCCACGGGUGGCCAAGGUGGUGAGCGCGGCUGUGUGGGCAGCGUCUUUUGUGGUGGUCCUACCUGUGGUCAUCUUCUCUGAUGUUCAGGACACAUUUAACUCCUGCAACAUGAUCUGGCCAGAGCCAAAGAAUGUGUGGUCAACAGCCUUCAUACUCUACACUGCCACAGUGGGAUUCUUUGGACCGCUGCUCAUCAUCUGCCUCUGCUACCUACUUAUCGUUAUCAAGGUAAAGUCCUCAGGGGCGCGGGCAGGCUUUACCAAACGCAGGCGUUCGGAGCGCAAGGUGACGCGGAUGGUGGUGGUGAUUGUGGUGGUGUUUGUGCUCUGCUGGCUGCCGUUCUUCAUCAUAAACAUGGUCAAUCUGGUGGUCAUCAUCCCAGAGUCCAGCGCCACUGCUGGCAUGUACUUCUUUGCUGUCAUCCUGUCCUAUGCCAACUCCUGCGCCAACCCAGUGCUCUAUGGCUUCCUUUCGGACAACUUCAAGCAGAGCUUCAGAAAACUGCUUUGUGUGAGGAGUAUGAGAUGCAAAACCAGCGGGGUAGAUGAUGGCGACCCCAGCGCUCCACGCACUGAGAAGACCACAGCACACGACUGCAUCCUGCUCUCCUCUCGUAACCAGGUCUACAACGACCCUCAGAGCCGCCAGAUCUCUCCUCAACCCACGGGCUCACCGACCUCUCAUACAGCAGCAGACCUGCACCACAACACCCCUACAUAUCUAUCACCCUCCACUUGCCCAGGAACAGAACCCACUACUGCCACUGUGACCUCCACAGCAGCCUCCAUCGUAGCCUCCAUGGUAACCCAGGCUGAUCUUCCCACCAUCACUGCCCUCACUACGCCCUCCUUCUCUGCAUCCAUAGCUCCAGAAGAGAGACGUUUGGCAUCAGGUGUUUAAGGAAGCAGAAAGAGAAGCUGAGGAGGACAAACAUGGAAAUGAGACUACAGAAGAGGACACAGAUGGAUGUUGUUGAAUGGAAUUUUUUUUAUUAAAAUGGCACAAACAGAUACUUUUCUGCAGUUACAGUGUAAAGAUCCAUUCAUUGGAAUUUUUUUUCUGACAUUUACAUGAACAUUCAUUCAAAAUGCAUUGCAAAAUGUAUGUACCAGUAAAAGUAUCUCAUGAAUAUUUUUCAUAUAUCUGCACCUGUAUGAAUCAUGUAGCUAUUUACCAAGCAUCAUUUUUUGUCCCAUUGAGCCAUCUAACAUAAGUGCCUACGCUGUCAUCACCACGGCUCCUAAAUGGACAAAGAAACAUUUACACCCCCACCCCCCACUUUCUGUUUAUCUGUCACACAAAAUAUAAGAAUGUAUCCACUUAAAAAACCAAAAAAUCCAUUGAUAUAUUUAAAAACAGUGGAGAAGAUUUCCUGCAGGUAUCAUCAAGUGUAAUCGGUAUUACAGGGUUCUUUUUUGCAACCACAUUCUGUGACUGUGAGGCUGAAAAAAUGAGGAUGUUUUCAGAUAAAAAUUUCACUUACUACAGCUUUAAUCAAGCAGCACAGUGCAGGUGAUCACACACAAAUUGAAACAUGCUUAGAAAUAUUAUAUUCCAUUUCUACCAUAUGCCAAUAAUUCCCUCUAAAACUUGCACACUAGACCGACCAGCAACAACUGGUAAAUUGUGAUUAAUGAAAAGCUUUGUGGCUAUUUUUUGUAUGCUGUUGGUAUUUUCAGUCACUCAGUCACAGGAAAUGUGACUCCUUGUCUGCUCAGUGUCUUUUUGCAAACAUGUAGCCAGCAUUGAACACAAAACA